ACAAAGCUUCCCUGUUCUGGCCAAUAUUAGGAGACGUUGCCUCUCGGGCGUGAGCGGACGAUGGCACCAGAUGGCGGGAGUGGGGCUGGGAGUGGCCUUGUGCGCAGUCCCCGUCGUGGAGAAACAGAACUCAGUUUCUCUUAGUAAUGACGCCUUGAUUAAAAGGGCAGUUUCCCUGGUAACAGACAGUACUUCUACACUCCUCUCUCAAACGACAUACGCAUUGAUUGAAGCAUUGACAGAGUAUACAAAGGCAGUUUAUACGCUGGCGUCUCUCUACAAGCAAUAUGCAAAUCUUCUUGGGAAAAUGAAUUCGGAAGAGGUGGAUGCGGUCUGGCAGGUGGUAAUAGGAGCCAGAGUUGAUAUGACAGCAAAACAGCAGUAAUACCUAAGACUGGAAUCCAGCUGGAUGACAGCGUUACGUCUUUCAGAGAUGGCAGCAGAAGCUGCGUAUCAAUCAGGUGCAGACCAAGCCUCAGUGACAGCCCGCAGUCACAUUCAGCUAGUGAAAUCACAGGUGCAAGAAGUGCGACAGCUGUCCCAGAAAGCAGAGACCAAGUUAGCUGAAGCUCAAACAGAAGAGCUCAUAAAAGCUCAAGGAGAGGAAUCUUCAUUGCCACAGGGUAUUUUAGGAAAUACAGAGGCGGGUGAGGACCCUUACCUUCGGGAGGACUGA